CCCGGAAACACGUGGAAUGAUAAAAUGGCUUCAAAGUGUACCGUUUGUCCUUUCGGGAGCGUUGCAUGGCGGUGAUCUUGUAGUGAAUUAUCCUCUUGAUUCUCCAAUUUCUAGUAAACCUGGUUUACCCUCAACAACACCAGAUGAAUUAUUAUUCCAGGAACUAGCAAAUAGUUACGCAUUGAAACAUCCAUCAAUGGUAGGUUCAAAAUGUUAUCCCGAUGAACCAGGAUUUAAAAAUGGUAUUGUAAACGGGGCAGCUUGGUAUAGUAUGCGCGGUGGAAUGGAAGAUUUCCAUUAUUUCGCAACAAAUUGUUAUGAAACUAUCAUGGAGAUUGGAUGCGUCAAGUACCCUAACAAUACAGAAUUGCCUUACUUUUGGGAGGAAAACAAAGAAUCUUUGAUGAAUUACAUGUGGCAGGCACAUUUAGGUAUUAAAGGAAUUGUUUAUCAGGCGGCAUCGGGUUUACCUAUUCCCGACGCUGAGAUUCAGGUAUCUACGCAUAUAGAUGGUGAAUGGGAACCAAUUUGGCACUUUGUUACAACCGCUGCUCAUGGCGACUACUAUCGCUUGUUAUUAAACGGUAAAUACAUGGUUACCGCAAGCAAGAAAGGAUUCGUGCCUGUAUCCCACAUUGUGGUCGUUCGAAACCAUCCGAAGAAAGGGGCAACCAAAGUUGAUUUUGCGAUGACACCAAAUGUAGCGGUAUAAAACUUGUUUGAAGCAAUGAAAGCAGUGAAAUGUUUUAAACAUAAAAAAUAAAUCUAUAAAUUGUUA